AUGACCUCUAUAACUCGUAAUUUACCGUGGUUUGUAAAGGAUCUUGGAGUUGCUAUCGUCGGAGAAAAGUGCUAUGUUUCUCUUGUGGAGAACCUCAACUUUGGGGAUAUGGACUGCUUGAAGUAUGCGCUUUCUAAGGGGCUGGGCAUUGGGAUUGUGGUCGGCGGGUCGAUUAUGAAGGUGCCACAGCUCCUGCUAAUUAUCUCCGCGAAGUCAGCGCGAGGACUUUCCCUUUCAGCCUACGUCCUUGAAACUCUAGCGUACGCCAUCACGCUCGCGUACUCAUAUCGAAACAACUUCCCGUUCUCAACCUACGGCGAGAACUUUUUCCUUACCCUCCAAAAUAUCAUCAUCACCCUCCUCAUCCUCCACUACCCCUCCUCGAGGUUGACACGAACGCAAUCGUCAGGCCCGCGCCUCGCGUUGGCCACCGCGCUGACCACGGCCGGCGGGAUCGCGCUGUACGCCGCACCGGCGCCGACGCUUGCCGCUCUCCAGAUGGCGACAAUCCCACUGUCGUUGUUCUCGAAGAUCCCACAGAUACGACAGAACGCGCGCGCCCGCUCGACGGGUCAGCUCUCUGCCUUCGCCGUCAUCUCGCAGGUUGCAGGAUGCCUGGCGCGGCUGUUUACGACCAGCGCUGAGGUCGGCGACCCGAUCCUCACUGCCGGUUUUGCGCUAGCGCUGAUCCUCAACAUCGUCCUCGGUAUGCAGAUGUGGUCGUACUGGGGCAAGGACGGGAAGGACGCGGGUGUGCCUGUUGAAAGCAGAUUCGAGGAGAGUGAGAAGGAGAAAAUCCCUGCCGCUGCCUGGCAGGAGGAUGGCAGGGUCGAGGUGAUUAUCCAACCUGCAUCUCCUGCUACCUCGAUCGCCACACCGACGCGUCAGCAGCCUGGCAGGAAAUGGGCGAGGAAGGUUGACUGA